CAGGUAGUAUAUAUAAUGGUAGAGUAGUUUUAUCAAUUGUGAUAGGUGGAUUACUAGGAAUGAAAGAAUACUAAGAAACAGGGGAAGAGAAAAAGAAGGAGUAAAAGGAAAUGGAAGGAAAGCUAGAUCUGAUGGUUAAGUUGAUUUUAUCAAUUGUGUUGGGUGCAUUUGUGGGGUUGCUUUUUCAUCUUUGCAAUGGUGUGUUUGUGAAGCCAAAAAAGCUGAGAUUGAAGCUUCAAAACCAAGGAAUCAAAGGUCCAUACCCUUCUUUUUUAUAUGGGAACAUCCAUGAAAUGAGAAGGAUCCAACUUCAAGCACUGUCUGCUGCAAACUCCACCCAGAAAGAUCAAAAAGCUGCUAUUGCUCAUGACUGGUUUCCUACUCUCUUUCCCUACUUAGACAAGUGGAGAAAUGAAUAUGGGUCUGUGUUCUUGUAUUCAACCGGAAACAUACAGCUACUCUGCACAACAGAUAUGGAAAUGGUGAAGGAAAUAGGCCUACACAAGUCUUUAAGCUUAGGGAAGCCGUCCUAUCUAACUAAGGAUCGGGGGCCUCUUCUGGGAGAAGGUAUUCUAUCCUCAAGUGGCCCCAUUUGGGCUUACCAACGAAAAAUCAUUGCUCCAGAACUUUUUCCUGACAGGGUUAAGGGAAUGGUGAACCUAAUGGUGGAUGCUAUGACUUCAUUGCUAAAAUCUUGGGAGAGUAGAGUUGAGGACGAAGGAGGCAUUUUGGAAAUUAUAGUUGAUGGGGAUUUGAGAAGCUUGUCUGCAGAUAUAAUUUCAAGAGUUUGUUUCGGCAGCAAUUUCUCCAAAGGGGAAGAAAUAUUUUCAAAGCUAAAAGCUCUCCAAAUGGCCAUGUCUAAGGCAAACGUUGGGAUUCCUGGUAUGAGGUACUUGCCAAGCAAAGCCAACAGAGAGAUAUGGAAACUAGAGAAAGAGAUUGACGCUAUGAUAUUGAAUGUGGUAAAACAACGCAUUGAGGAACCUAUACAUGAUAAGGAUCUUUUACAAGUGAUACUCGAUGGUGCUAAAACUAGUGAAGAUUACAAGGGACCAUCUAAGAAGAGGUUCAUAGUUGAUAAUUGCAAGAAUAUGUACUUUGCUGGUUAUGAAACCACUGCUACUACAGCUUCUUGGACCUUGAUGUUGUUAGCUGCACAUCCAGAUUGGCAGGCUCGUGUUCGUGCUGAGGUGCUAGAAACUUGUCAACGCAGCCUUCCAGAUGCCGAUAUGCUUAGAAACAUGAGGAAGCUCACAAUGGUAAUUCAAGAGACAUUAAGACUAUACCCACCUGCAACUUUUGUGAUAAGACAAGCGCUGGAUGACAUUGAUUUCAAAGGCAUCAUGAUUCCAAAAGACAUGAACAUCCAAAUCCCUAUCCCAACUUUACAACAAUCCCUUGAACUGUGGGGUCCUGAUGCGCACGAGUUUAAUCCAGAAAGAUUUGCUAAUGGGAUAGUUGAGGCUUGCAAGGUUCCGCAGGCUUAUAUGCCGUUUGGUGUUGGGUCUCGAAUAUGCGCAGGACAACACUUUGCAAUGGCAGAACUGAAGGUGGCUCUAUCUCUACUUUUAUCGAGGUUUAGCUUCUCUCUGUCACCAGCAUACCGUCACUCCCCUGCAUUUAGGCUGGUUAUACAGCCUGAACAUGGAAUUUGUCUCCAUGUAAAGAGAGUUUAAGGGUGUAGGGUUGAACAGUGACCAGUGAAGUUCCUUCAAUUUCUUUAAUUAUAAUAAAAGGUACCUCUUCUCUAUAAACUUCAAUGCAUUAAUGUAUGAUGAAUCCAUAAUAUUUAGAUGUAAAUAGUGUUUAAUUACGUGGCAAAUCAUAUAUAAAUGUGUGUGGUGUUAUGGUAGUUAUACUUUUGACUAAGAAUUGAAGAAGUCACGGCAAUUUGUUUUGCUUAAAGAAAAAACUUUGAACUUCUGAAUGGCAUAAACCUGAUGUGUAUAUAUAAAGGAGAGGCGAAGAAGAAAAAAGGGCAAACAAAUGCAAGCAGAGCCAAGUGUAAUGGCAAAGAUCAUUUCAUCGGUAGCAUUUAACAGCCUAGUUGUGUUGGCCAAGCACUCUUAAAGUCUCUGAUUUUGAAACUGAAAAGGCUAAGGGAAAAGCUGCAGGAGCAAGGGAUCAAAGGACCAUCUCCUUCGAUUUUCUUGGGAAACAUCCUUGAUAUCAAGAGGAUUGAAUCCCGAGCAAGAUCUUGGGAAUAGCAACCUGACGUGCACCUUGAUCAUGCUUGGCCUUUAAAGGUCUACCCUUACAUGGAGCAGCGGCGAAAUGAAUAUUUAUAUGGCAUUCACCCCAAACUUUAAUUAUCUCUAAGCUCGUCGUUGGUAAAUUAACGGGUUUAGCAAUAAAAACUGUUUUGGCAGCAUGCAAAAAUAAACUAAUCUCUGGCUUUUUAUGCGAAAACAAGUAUGACCUUCCCACUGACGAUCUUAAUUCUUGUCCACGAUUCCUUCUGUUUUAGACUCUGGUUCAGUAGCAUAAGCAGAUCCUGACAUUUAACGAAUUUGUGUUGUAUUAUUGUUUCUUAUUGAACGUCUGCUGUAGGUUAGUUGAAGAUGAAAGCCCCUAAACAUUUGAUUCUAGAAAUUUCAAGUUUUUUUUUUUCCAUAAUAACAUCCACUUUUCUGUCAUUAGAUCUGCUUUUCAAUCUUGUAAUUAAUAUUUUAAAUUACUAAAAGAUUUGGGGUGCAUACUUUGCACAAGUAAUUUGAUAUUCAACCUCUAAUUCCACAGACAUGGCAUCCACAGAUUUGCCCGGGAAUUCUCGGGGCUUGAAAGCAGAAAUUCGGGAUACAUGCC